AUGCCUGUGGAGACCCUCCAGCCUGGCCUAAGACGGCCGGUGGCCGUGAGGGCUGCUGCUGCUGGAAUGCCCAACCGCCUUCUCAUGCCCAACCGCCUCCUCCUACAACCAAGAACAGCGGCAGCAGCUGAGCCCAGGCAGAGCGCAGUGGAGAGGCUGGCAGCAGACAAGGCUAAAUAUGUCAAGAGCCAGGUGGCCCUCUCCAAGCAGCAGCCAAUCAAAGUGCCUCCGCCUGUCAUGCGCAAGCCUCUGAUGUCCCCGGCCCCCGCCCUGCGGCCCACCCGUAAGGCCCAACCGCCUCGCCCUAACUACACCCAGCAAGGGAGUUCCCCACUGGACCUGGAGCACCUGAGUAACCUGAUCAAUGGGGUGGGUGAGGCUGAAAUUCCCCCCACCUCCCCUACCACCCCCACCAUGGACCCAGUGGAGAGUAGUCAGGCCUCUGACUGCCCCACCACUACCAACUCUCCCUGUCCCUCUCCAGUCUCUGCUGGGUCGGGGGCUGCUGAGAGUAUCCAGACCCCCUGUCCUGAGUGGUCCACCCCAGUCAAAGUAAGGGUAAAUGCCUCUGGCCCACUAAAUCCUACAGAGUCUCCAACUGCAGUGACCAUACGUAGAGUGGACGUCAUACCCCAACCCCACCACACCAUGCCAGUGAGGACGCCCCUUAGAGCACAGCAGCAGCCCAUGGCUCUGCAUCCACACACCCAGAUCCACAACGCUAUGUCAUCUCUGCGUCUCCACCACCCCCGAACUACCUAUACACCAGGCCAUGCGUCUCCUAAACCUGUCCCAGCCCCUCCACCACAAAACCACACCCCAAAUCCCACCUCCCCGUCUACCCCCAUCCAGCUCCCAUCCAACCCCCCCAUACUCCCGCCCUCCCCGUCGGUCACCCGCCUGUCAUCCGGUACCUCCAGGAAACGUCCCUCUCUGACCCGCUCCAAAUCAGACAUGAGUGACCGUUACUCACGGGCCAGUACUGAGCUGGAGCGCUUCUUCAACCUGUGUGGUUUGGACCCUUCGGAGAUGCAGGUGCUGAAGGUGCCGGGCUCAGACGUCGCCUCCCUUGCACAGUUCCGCAGUGCCAGCGCUCCUGGGUCAGAGUGUGCAGGCCAGGAGGGUGAAGAGGAAGGUGGGGCUGCAGAGCCAGCUCCCUAUGGCGUCUCAGUAAUUGAGAGGAACGCCAGAGUUAUCAAGUGGCUUUAUGGUAUCCGCACAUCCAAGGAUAGUGCCAGGAGCACCAACCUUUAG